GAGGCAGGGCCUGGGGAGGGGCAUCCUAAAGGGGCCUUCCUCCUCUCUGUCCCAAAUCCCGGGGUUAUCCCUUCCCCCGGGGAGCCCAGACAGGCAAGGCAGUCACGACAUGGAGAUGCUCUGUAGCUCCUGUCGCCCGGGGGGCUGUCCAGAGCAGGCCCAGACCUCAAGGCGAGGCUCCCCAGAGAGCCCACCAGAAUCCGGACAAUCAGAUAGUUCAAACCAGCAAGGAGAUGCGGACAUCAAACCACUGCCCAACGGGCACUUAAGUUUCCAGGACUGUUUUGUGACUUCCGGGGUCUGGAAUGUGACGGAGCUGGUGAGAGUAUCACAGACUCCUGUUGCAACAGCAUCAGGGCCCAACUUCUCGCUGGCGGACCUGGAGAGUCCCAGCUACUACAACAUCAACCAGGUGACCCUGGGGCGGCGGUCCAUCACCUCCCCUCCUUCCACCAGCACCACCAAGCGCCCCAAGUCCAUCGAUGACAGUGAGAUGGAGAGCCCAGUCGACGACGUGUUCUAUCCCGGGACAGGCCGUUCCCCAGCAGCUGGCAGCAGCCAGUCUAGCGGGUGGCCCAACGAUGUGGAUGCAGGCCCGGCUUCUCUAAAGAAGUCAGGAAAGCUGGACUUCUGCAGUGCCCUCUCCUCUCAGGGCAGCUCCCCGCGCAUGGCUUUCACCCACCACCCGCUGCCUGUGCUUGCUGGAGUCAGACCAGGGAGCCCCCGGGCCACAGCGUCAGCCCUGCACUUCCCCUCCACGUCCAUCAUCCAGCAGUCGAGCCCGUAUUUCACGCACCCGACCAUCCGCUACCACCACCACCACGGGCAGGACUCACUGAAGGAGUUUGUGCAGUUUGUGUGCUCGGAUGGCUCGGGCCAGGCCACCGGACAGCCCAACGGUAGCGGCCAGGGCAAAGUCCCGGGGUCAUUUUUGCUACCGCCGCCGCCUCCAGUGGCCAGACCUGUGCCCCUUCCUAUGCCUGAUUCCAAAUCCACCAGCACUGCCCCAGACGGCGCCGCCUUGACUCCUCCAUCACCUUCAUUCGCAACGACAGGCGCCUCCUCUGCCAACCGGUUUGUCAGCAUCGGACCCCGGGACGGCAACUUUCUGAACAUCCCACAGCAGUCUCAGUCCUGGUUCCUCUGAUAAGAUCGACAAAAGAAACAACAAAAUGAAAAGAAGAGGUUCCUCGAAAGGGGGGAGAAGAAAUUUUGAGACAUGGAAAAAUCCCCCAGCCCAGCCCAGCCCCACCGAAAAGCAAAAAUUACACGUCGUCAGCCACUCAGCCCUUCUCUCCUCCAGCCCGGGGACCCCUGUGGGCCCCAGAAGCAGCCCAGUUCUCGGAGAGCCCUUGGAAGGGGUCUCGGUGGAGCUGUGCACCAGCAGCCAAGCAGAAAGAAACACGCGACAUGGACUCUGUCAAGUAGAGGACAGAAAGCAAGAAAGGAUGCAGAACUGCCUUCCUCCCCACCACCCCACCCCGGCCUUCUGGGGAAGGAACAAAGUCCCCAAACAAAGCAACCAGCACAGUUCUGAAGGGGCCUGGCCUCCACCCUCACCCCUUCCUAGGGGAACCCCACCCUCCACAUGGUCGGAGCUGUCCUAGGGAGCCUGGAGGACCAGCUUGUAAAGAUGAUGGGGUUUAGAUCCCUCAGGCUCUGCCCUCCAGACUCCGCCCUUCCCUUCCUCCCUCCCUCCCUCCCUCCCUCCCUCCCUCCCUCCCUGCCAAGGCUCCAGCUUCUUCCCCCAGCUGUUCCGGACCAGGAGGGGGAGAGCAGCCUCCACUUACCCCACCCCACCCUCGGGCUAAAAGCCUCCAGGCGGGCAGGGGGUGACCCCUGGAGCUAGUUGCGUGUCCCAGAAUGGAGGGUGUUCUGUCACCCCACCCUGAGCCGCAAGAGCAGUUCCUGGGGCCCUGGACCCCUCUGUACAGUCCAUAGGAGAAAGUCGGAAUGCUCUCGACGGCCUCGUCCUAGCCUGGGACAGGCCCCCUCUCCCCUCUCUCUGCAGGCCAGGAGGGCCUCCUUCCUGCCACGAGGGAGGGGAGUCGGGCCCCAGGUCGCCCCCGCCCCCAGCCCUGCAUGCAGGUGCCCUUGCUCCGCCCCAUCAGUCCCUGCCCCUGCCCCUCACGCAGACUGCCCUGCUGGGGCCGGGCCGGAGGGUGGAGCAGAAAGGGGACCCCGGAGCCAAGCGAGGAGGACCAGGCAGCCGCCGCUGCCGCCGCUAAGUCACCACCUGCGCUUAGGUAGGCGUCCUGCUCGCCGACUUUCAGUUCCUUGGGAGGGUGUUGGGUGUCGUCCUUUUCAAAAGUGUUUUGGAGCUUUCUGUGCCCCCCACUUUCCCCCUGCCCCCGCCCCGUGGCCACUUUUCUCUGGAUUUUAGCUGUAAUGUCUUUAAUCUUUAUUUAGGGGUGGGGCAUUCAUUGUUUGGGUCUUUUGCUGUUGGAAUGGGAACUCCUCCAUUUGAGCAACUUGGGAACAAUUUGGCAACACACCACAGGAAGUAGCUCUCCCCCCCCAGCCCCCUCCUCCCUCAAGGAGGGUUGGGGGGCCUGUCCAGAGGGUCUUCAGAAGCCCCCCUGGGAGGGAGGGGAGGAUGAGCAUGCCCAGCUCCCCUCCAGGGUGUGACUUGGCCCCUCUGGCUUGUCUUUCUGUGCCUUACUCCCUCCUCCUGCGUCUCCCGUCCCUGGCCCCUUCUCGAGUCCUUGUGCCUCUCUCUCUUUCUCUCUUUCUUCAUUGUAUGAAAACACAAAGCACAGGUCAGGAUCCUCUGAAAGAAAAUCCAACAUUGCACCACGUAGGGGUGGGUUAUGGGCUGUAUUUAUUGUGAAUCUAGUUUGUGAGGCUGUGGCCCUGAGCAUGCGGAGGGAGGGAAGAGAGGAGGGAGUGUCUGGGGAGGGGAGGAGGUCAGCGACCUGGGGCCGAAGGGGCAGGCAGGUGGUGCCUGCUACCCAGCUGGAAGCCACCAGGUGGCUGAGCCCAGGGGCGGCUUUUGUUGGAAGUUGAGUGAAGCCCUCCCCCUGUCCUCAGCGUGCAGCCCUAGAGGACCCCAGGGCUGAGGGGCAGUGGAUCCUGCGGGAGUCUCCCGGGGCAUGGGGAGUAAGGCCCCGGGGGUGGGGGGCCGGGUGGGCCGGGCGUGACGCGCGGUCAAAGUGCAAUGAUUUUUCAGUUCGGUUGGCUAAACAGGGUCAGAGCUGAGAGCGAAGCAGAAGGGGCUCCCUGUCCGGCCGCACGUGCCCUUUCCUUCGACGGCAGUCGGGCCUCGGGCGGGCGCUGUGUGACUGGGAGCCAGGGUCUGCGGGGCGCCUGCCCGGGCGAGGUCGGAAGCUGCAGGCCAGCUGGGCCCGGGCCGGAGCGUGCCCGGCGGGGCUGCCCGGGCGGGCAGGGGGUGGGGGCUGCUCCUUUCCCAAGUGUUGUUGUGAGGGGCAAUGAGGGCAACAGGAGAUGUGGGGACGUGUUAGGAGAGAAAAAAAAAAAAAA